AUGGACAAUGACCUGGAGAUGCUACACCUCCUUGCCUUAGAAGAAGAGGAGGAUAUGGCAGAAGAUGAGGAUCAAAUUUACCGAGCUGUGCUAACUGGGGCUCUGAUUUAUCUAGGUGCAGCAGAAUCACGAAAACGGCGUGGACACCGUACGAUUGAAGCUACGCCUACUGCUUCUUUUGACGUUGCUCUUGAUGAUGCUGAUAUGCCCCCAAUUCUUGAUGAUGUGGACGAACCAGACACUCCCACAAAUACCUCAGGCAUUAUUGUUCCACCCAAACCGCUCGCUCCUCGUCCACGCAUCACGGAUCCUCCGCCACACGCACAACCUGUUAGCGCUCAACCUCCAUCUGCUACCCUAAAUGGUGAAAACACGACGCCUACUCCCGUCUUGCCACCUAGACGCUCUGCUCGUCUCGCCGCCGUCGGGACAGAAUUACGAGGAGGCGAUGGCACGCUCCGAUCUCUGGAUGCCCGCAAUGGAGGCUGA